UCCGAUAGGAAGCGGCCGGCACCCAUGCACGCGGUUCAUGUCGCUCUUCACUUUUGUCCAGGCUUCCUGUCCGGCGCAUCCUGUCCGUUGUUCCACGGCCGCUGGCGCUCUUUUCGUUUGUCUGUUGUUUUUGGUUGGGGUGAGGGAGGGAGGAAGCGGGCGGCGCAUGCGCAGUAUUGUGUCUGGCGGCAGCGCGCGCAGCGGCCUGUUGCUGAAACACGCCCGCCCGCGCACUCCAGUCGACAGAAGCCGCACGGACAAGACCGACACCUGAGCGCGGAAACAAUCGGUGACGCGUUAGAGAAACAGUCUUACCGCAGGGACAAUGCCGAGUGGACUGACGCCCAGAGAGGCUACUGGAAGGACGCUCUGAGAACAUCCCUCGCUGCAACUUCGGAGGAAGAAUUUUUUCGUGCUUCAUUCCCGGUUUUCAUCUGAAAUGGGACCGCGAAGGCGGCAGCUGACGGCCGCCCUCGUCCUGCUGAGCCACUGCCUGCUGAGCCACCUGUGCGGCGCCCAGCAGACAGAGUGCUCGCGGCUGGAAUACGGCCGCUGCAUCCACAUGGCGGACCCCUUGCUGCGGGACCCCGACUACGUGUUCCCGGACAACGUGCGCGACAUCGGCCGCGUCUGCAGCCUAUGGGGCCAGUUCGUGUCGUGCGUGCAGAGCUACACGCUCAAGUGCUUCUCGGAGAGCCGGCAGGUGGCCUUCGACAAGGGCGUGCAGGACACCAAGGAGUCCAUGCGGCAGAUGUGCCAGGUGUCGCAGUACCAGACAGAGUACCUGAGGCACGCGAGCUGCAUGAAGUCCAUGCUGACGAGGGACGAGCACUGCGGCAAGCACUACCAGCACCUCGUCAGGCAGGUGUACGGCGAGGUCACGCGCUCUGCCCUCUGCUGCUCGCACCACAUCUUCAGGGAGUGCAUGAUCUCCGAGGUGCGGUCCGGCUGCGACGGAGGCGCUGACGGCGGCCAGGCUAGUCGCUUCACGCGCCACACGCUCGACAAGGCGCUCAGCUUCCUGCGCGAGCAGUGCUACAGCUACGUGCCCAGCGGCGGCGAGUGCGCGGGGCUAGGCCUCGCCCCCACCGGCCGGGCCGAGGACGCGAGGGCGUCGACCCUCGGUGUGGACCGCUCCCCGGGCCCCCAGCCGGGACGAGGCGAGGACAGGCGCGCGACCGCGGGCUGGGGGGCGAACCCCCCGGCCGUGGACUGGGCGCCCACCCAGGCCGGCAGGGACGCCAGCACGGACCUCGACGGCGCCUGGACCUCCAGCAGUCGCGGUUUGCCCAGCCUGUCGGAAGGCACGGACGACUUCUCGCCGUGGUACCCGCGGCAGAGCGACACGGCGGCGGCGGGGUCCAGCCGCCACAGCCCUUCCUCCGUCAGCCACCCGGACGGGACGACCACUCCCCUGAGCCGGCCGUCCAGCUUCGGCCGCGGGAUGGCGUGGACGCCGCCGCCCUCCGGGUCCUGGGGGUCGGCGACGGGCGGAUCCUGGACCUCGCCGGGAGACCCCUGGAGGUCCUCCACUUCUUCGUCCGUCGAUCCCUGGAGGCCUUCCACUUCUUCGCCGGGCGAACCAUGGAGGUCCUCCACUUCUUCGCCGGGCGAACCAUGGAGGCCCUCCACUUCUUCGGCGGGAGACACCUGGAGGACAUCAACUUCUUCGCCUGGAGACACCUGGAGGACGUCCACCUCUUCGUCCGUCGACCCCUGGACGCCCUCCCAGGCCGAGACGUGGCGCGUGACGAGCGGCGGCCCUGGAGCGCGGCCCUACCCCUACUCCACGGAGACGUGGCUGCCCGGCGCCGGCAACAACGUGGACGAACCCAACCAGCAGGGCCUCACCGUGGGCUCCGCCCCUCGGGGGCUGUCCAGCUGGCUGCUGCUGGCCUCGGCCGUCGUGGCGGGAGCGCUGUGCUGAUGGCCUGCCGCGAUCCUUCAGUAGCACCGCAAGGCUGUCGGCGCGGUUGAAGCCCUCAUUUCCACCGACGAGAGAGCCACACCCCGAAGUUCCCCGAAGUUUACGUGAUUCCACAGUAUCUUUAAUGUAGCUAACCCUGACCGAAUCAACCGUCCACAAUGUUUUUUUAAAGUAUUCAUAACGUAGCUAACCUAGCCUAAUUGACCAUUAGCAUCCUUUUAUCAACACCGCCAUAUUUAUUUACAAUGAAAAAAAAAAACCGAAGAUGCACGAUCGGUCGUUUGGUUCUCUCGUCUGUGAAGAGAAGGCUUCCCGUAGGCACGCAGGCCGCAACUGAAUACAGCGCGGCUGGGAAAUGCCAACAUCAAAAAUUUAAGUUUUAAAUAAAAACUAAACCCAGAAAUUUCUUAAACAUAAUGAUUUAAUUUACAAACCUUAGGUCAUAAUUUUGAUGGAAUGCUGUAUUAACGGAAUAUUAUCCUAUGGAAUAUUUUUUUAAGUGUUGAAUUAUGUUGGUAGCAAUGAAAUAAGCAUGGCUGCCAUGAGCACAUGUGCAGGCGUGUGUAUUUUUUUUUCUGUUAUGAUUUUCAUCACUCAUACUUUGUGGCUAUGCAGUUUUUAAAAUUUGAAACAAAAAAUAAAGCAUUUUAACAUUGUGUUUUUUUUUUCCGUAUUGGAAAUGAGAUAAUCUGAAACAUUUAUGGUGAAUAUUCCCAGCAACGAAUGACCAAAAAAAAAAAAAAAAAGUAGCCAACAUUUUGUUCAGAAAAGAUAAACGACUUUUAGGUUGUUAGGUUGCCGAUAAAUAUCGCAUAGUUAGCUGAUUUACAAAGAUAUGAGCGUUGUUAUAGCAUUGAGUUGCGACUCUUUAGCUUUCCUUGCUUUGUGGCCACACGCGAGUUUCUCUGUUUAAUGGAAGGCCGCGCUUAACUAGAGAAUGACAACACAACAUAUGAGUUUCGUCGUGAUCAUUAAAAAUAUAUUUGGCUGAAGUUGACAUAUGGUAAUGAUAAACUGUCAUAAUUUCAAAUAUGAACCCCAAAUAUCACGCAUUUUCAGUUAAAAUUAUUUCCAUUAAUUCGUGUUUUAUAUAUCAGGAGCAUUGCAAAUACAACACGAAGGCCAAUUGCAGUUUUUGGACAGAUCUGUACUAAAACUGCAACACAUUCGUGGGAAUUCACUUGGAAAAUGUUAAAACUGCUUCAAAAUUAUUCAUGAAAUUUUGUAACCGUUCUUCAGUUCAAUCCGACUUGUUUGUCAUAGUUUCGCGUUAGGUGUGUUUAGCCCUUUCACGCAAACAUAUAAAACUUUUUUUUUUUUUUUAACAAAUUACAGCUUUUAUCAUAGAAAUUAUACAAUGGCACUAAUUCAUUCUUCAAAUUCAAUUUAUUUUACAAGGAUAUUUUCCCCGUAUUCUGCUCGCACAAGAACGAAAGCAUUAUGAGAUUUAUUUUCUCCGGCUAAUCUUAGCAAAAUUUCACAAUUGCUCUACUAAACGUUUGUCAUGCCUUAAAAAAAUUAAAACAAAAGCUGUUAAAACUUUUUAAUUAAACUUAAAUCAUAAAUUCUAUAUCAUUAAUACUUCAUUUCCCCGUGAGACAUGAACAAGAUUUCUAAAGACCCAAAUAAGAAAUAAGCUAACUGUGCAUUUAGCUGGAGUUACCAAAGGGUAGCGUAAUAGUUUGCCAUAGAUUCGUACUAAAAUGUACGAUUUUCAGUCACGCAUAAUAGGUUUACAACUGGCGGGCAAGUAG